ACGUAGUGUGCGUACUUAAAGUAAUGUUGUAUUCUUAAAUAAAGUAGUGUGCAUACUUAAUGACGUAGUGUGCGUACUUAAUGAAGUAGUGUGCGUACUUAAAGUAGUGUUGUAUUCUUAAAUAAAGUAGUGUGCAUACUUAAAAAUUUAAUGUGCAUACUUAAAUUAGGAGUAUGCAUACUUGAAAACAGUGUGUAUUAAAUCCAGAAUGCUUCUAUCUUACUAGGGUUUUGAUGGACUCCAGUAAGACCCGGGAUCUACAAUUACAUGUGGUCGUCAUGGAAACACAGGAAAAGGAUACAAUGGAAGUGAAAAGAAGUCAUUUAAAUGUAGUACUGUACAAGUGCGUUUAGUUUAUUGUUAAAAGUGAUCCGUGACUACGUUUACGUGCGCAUCGAUGUUCCCCGAAAUGAAUCCGAAUUGGACAAUAUUCUAAUUAGUAUGGAGUCCUGUAAAUGCCGUAAUCCGACUGCCCGAUUCAGAUUAAGAUUAAAAUCCACUGAAAGGAGAUAUAAGCGCAUGCUCAGUCUGCAAGGAAUUGUGGGUGCUAACAGAUGCUUAGCUGUAGGCUAGGUAUUUAGGAACGGUAUACAGGAACAUUCCUACGCCUGUACGCAUAUAAACAUCGUAUUCGGAAUAAAGCAGCGACCCGAAUAUAGACCUUAAACAGAAUUUGAUGUGCAUGUAAAUGCAGUCAGUGUCCAGGGAAAGCUGAGUGUAGGGUAUACUGAUGUGAGGUUUAUUUCUAAUGGAACUGGCGGCUCGGUGCGGAAACCGAGGUGCUUACAACUAGAGUUUAGCCGUAGCGUUUAUAAAUUCUGAACGUCGUAUGUUCGUCCUUUCGACGGGGAUAACGGAGAAAACUUAAAACUAUGCUUCUUUUCGCUUUUUCCGCUAAAGGCAGAACAAAUGGGAGUAAAAUUCGCCGGGUAAGGGGAAAAAAGACAAUUUGCAGACGGAGAAAAGGACUUGAAAGAUGCACGUUUGGUGCUUGUUGUGUCGUGGUUACUUUCGAUUCGUCACUAGUGUAUUUAUGUGAAUUUUGACCCAGCCUUGGUGUCGUGAGCCUGGAGAAACCGAGUGGGUGGGGCUGUGCUCUGUUCAGUCGCUAAAAAUAGACCGGACUAGCUACUUAUUAUGAAGUUCUUCUUCAUUCUGCUUUCUGAAAGAAAAAGAAAAAAACGCCUCUUGUUCGCUGACAUGUGCUAGGAUUGUUUAUUUUUUUGUAUUAAAUUAGUUUCUUUUUCCUCUCUGCCUGCUAGGGUUUUCUUGUUAGCAAUAUUUUCACUGCUGGGAAACGUUGCAUCAGAAUUGCACUGAACAUAUAACUAGUAACUAGUGUGCUCUGACGAAGUGGGCUGACGUGAGCAGGCCUGUUUCUGGAGAUCUGCCUUUCGAACACCUCGUUCUAAUGUUCAGAUGCUCUAGAGAUGCUGAUUAGCUGGAUCUAAAUCUGUCCAUCGACUACACCACACAACAACUGUAUUUAAAAAAAGAAAAGAAGAAGCCGAAUAUGAUGAGGAUGAGAUGUGCUCAAGCAAUAACACUGUAAACCAGUGAAAGUCACUUCCUAAGUGCUUUCCUGACAUCAAUUCAUUUAACUGCCUUUAAGAAGGAUUUUUCUUCUUUUUGGGUGGAAACCAAAACACAAACCGAUCAUUUGAGAGAUCACGUGACGUGUAGACGGCCAGAAGGUAGAUGGAAUUAGAGGCCGGGCCUGCUUCUUGACACAGAAGCAUACUUUCAGAUCGUGGGAAUUUUCAAGCCAGCUCGACCAGACAUCGUCGUAUAAAAGCUCUUGCGAGGCUCACCAUGCCAGCUCCACUACAAACCCUGUAACAUACAGUCGGAGACAGCUUACACACUCUGUACGAGUACCACAACUACGAAGAGGAGGACUCAUCUGGGGUUUUUUUUGGAGGGCCGUAUCCGUAUCAAACCACAGCUUGGAGUUUAUGGGUGUAAGAGAGAAGAGAGAGAAGAUCUACAGAUAUGAAGCAGGGCUUAAUGAAGACAACAUGCUGCAACAGUGUGCAGGGGAGGAGAACUGGGUGGACAGCAGGACAGUGUAUAUCGGACAGAAAGUGCCACCCCCCGGCACUGAGGCCUACAUCCCUCAGAGGUUCCCCGACAACAGAAUAGUCUCCUCCAAGUACACUUUUUGGAACUUUAUUCCGAAGAACUUGUUCGAACAGUUUCGAAGAAUCGCAAAUUUCUACUUUCUCAUCAUCUUUCUUGUACAGUUGAUCAUCGACACUCCCACCAGCCCCAUCACCAGUGGUUUACCACUUUUCUUUGUCAUCACUGUAACCGCUAUUAAACAGGGCUAUGAGGACUGGCUCAGGCACAAGGCGGACAACGCAAUCAACCAGUGUCCCGUUCAAGUUGUCCAAAAAGGCAAAGUGGUUCGCAAGCAGAGUCGCAAGCUGCAGGUGGGUGACGUGGUGUUGGUGAAGGAGGACGAGACGUUUCCUUGUGACCUGAUCCUGCUUUCCACCAGUCGAGACGAUGGCACGUGUUUCGUCACCACUGCCAGCUUGGACGGCGAAUCCAGUCACAAGACCUAUUAUGCAGUUCAGGACACCAAGGCCUUUAAUACAGAGAAGGAGGUGGACCAACUGCAGGCCAUUAUAGAAUGUGAACAACCUCAGCCAGACCUCUACAAAUUUGUCGGGCGCAUCAAUAUUUAUUUGGACCGAGAUGAGCCCAUCGCAAGACCUCUGGGCUCGGAAAACCUGCUGCUGCGAGGGGCCACGUUGAAAAACACAGAGUUCAUAUAUGCUGUGGCUAUCUACACUGGCAUGGAGACCAAAAUGGCCCUGAACUACCAGUCCAAAUCCCAGAAACGCUCUGCUGUAGAAAAAUCUAUGAAUGCGUACCUGGUUGUUUAUCUCUGUAUAUUGAUCAGUAAAGCUCUGAUCAACACUGUCCUCAAGUACGUGUGGCAGGCCGACCCCGACCGAGACGAGCCCUGGUACAACCAAAAAACAGAGACCGAGCGGCAACGUCACAUAUUGAUACGAGCCUUGACUGACUUCCUGGCUUUCAUGGUCCUCUUCAACUACAUCAUUCCUGUGUCCAUGUACGUGACUGUGGAAAUGCAGAAGUUUCUGGGCUCUUAUUUUAUUACGUGGGACGAUGAGAUGUUCGACGAAGAGCUGGGAGAGGGUGCGCUUGUUAACACGUCGGAUCUUAACGAGGAACUCGGGCAGGUGGAGUAUGUCUUCACCGAUAAGACAGGAACUCUGACGGAAAACAACAUGGAGUUUAUCGAGUGCUGUGUAGACGGUCACGUGUACGUACCGCAUGCCAUCUGUAAUGGCCAGAUCAUGUCUGCUGCAGCCAGCAUCGACAUGAUCGACUCGUCACCCUGCAGUGAGAGGAAGGAGCAUGAGGAGCUGUUUUUCCGGGCGCUAUGCUUGUGUCACACGGUGCAGGUGAAGGAGGAGGAGACGGUGGACGGCAUUAAGAAGGGAAUCCACCAGGGAAAAUCCUCGUCCUUCUACAUCUCCUCCUCUCCUGAUGAGGUGGCGCUGGUGGAGGGCAUGAAGAGGCUGGGCUUCACCUACCUGCGACUGAAGGACAACCACAUGGAGAUCCUCAACAGGGAGGAAGAGAUUGAGAGGUUUGAAUUGAUGGAGGUGUUAAACUUUGACUCUGUGAGACGGAGGAUGAGCGUUAUCGUCAGAUCCAGCUCAGGGGACUUCUACCUGUUCUGCAAAGGUGCCGACUCGUCCAUUUUUCCCCGAGUCAUCUCAGGGAAAGUAGACCAGGUCCGAGCUCGGGUAGAGCGUAACGCUGUGGAGGGUUUACGGACGCUUUGCGUAGCGUACAAGAAGCUGAGCCGGGAGGACUAUGAGGAAGUGUGUCAUCUCAUCAACAGCGCUAAGCUAGCUCUGCAGGAGCGGGACAGGAAGCUGGCUGAGGCGUAUGACCUCAUCGAGAGGGAUUUCAUCCUGCUAGGAGCAACAGCUGUCGAGGACAGGCUGCAGGACAAAGCGGCCGACACCAUCGAGUCCCUGCACAAGGCAGGCAUGAAGGUGUGGGUCCUCACUGGCGACAAGAUGGAGACGGCGGCUGCCACGUGUUACGCCAGCAAGCUGUUCCGCAGGAGCACGCAGAUCCUGGAGCUGACCACGAAGAGGACGGAGGAGCAGAGUUUGCACGAUGUGCUGUUCGAGCUGAGCAGGACCGUACUGCGGCACCACGGCACCAUGAGCCGUGACACGUUCUCUGGCCUGUCUAAUGAGUUCCAGGACUACGGGCUGAUCAUCGACGGAGCCACUCUGUCUGCAGUGCUGAAACCGGUGCAGAACAGCAGCACAGGAAACUACAAGGAGAUCUUCCUGGAGAUCUGCAGGAACUGCAGCGCCGUGCUGUGCUGCCGCAUGGCCCCGCUUCAGAAAGCGCAGAUCGUUAAGCUGAUAAAGAUGUCAAAGGAGCAUCCCAUCACUCUGGCCAUCGGAGACGGCGCGAAUGACGUCAGCAUGAUCCUGGAAGCUCAUGUGGGCAUCGGCAUCAUGGGUAAAGAGGGAAGACAGGCAGCCCGCAACAGUGACUAUGCAAUUCCAAAAUUUAAGCACCUAAAGAAGAUGCUGCUGGUGCACGGCCAUUACUACUAUAUCAGAAUAUCCGAGCUGGUGCAGUACUUCUUCUACAAGAAUGUGUGCUUCAUCUUUCCCCAAUUUCUUUAUCAGUUCUUCUGUGGCUUCUCCCAGCAGCCACUAUAUGAUACGGCAUAUCUCACACUGUACAAUAUCAGCUUCACCUCGCUGCCCAUCCUGCUGUACAGUCUGAUCGAGCAGCACAUCAAUAUGGACAUCCUGAAACGGGAUCCUUCGCUUUACAGAGACAUCGCGAAGAAUUCUUUGCUGCAAUGGCCCAUCUUCAUCUACUGGACGUUUCUAGGAGUCUUCGAUGCACUGGUCUUUUUCUUUGGUGCUUUCUUCCUAUUCGACAACACCAGCUUCACCAGCAACGGACAGAUGUUUGGAAACUGGACGUUCGGAACUCUGGUGUUCACAGUGCUGGUAUUUACAGUCACGUUAAAGCUGGCUCUGGACACACACUACUGGACGUGGAUCAACCAUUUUGUCAUAUGGGGAUCUCUGCUCUUCUAUGUGAUCUUCUCACUUCUCUGGGGCGGCAUCAUUUGGCCCUUCCUGAACUAUCAGAGGAUGUACUACGUCUUCAUGCAGAUGUUAGCCAGUGGACCAGCGUGGCUCAGCAUCAUUCUGCUCAUCAUGGUCAGUCUGCUGCCCGACGUGCUUAAGAAAGUUCUGUGGAGAGCACUGUGGCCCACCACCACCGAGAAAAUACAGAGGAUGAAAGCUGAUAGGACCUUUCUAGCACACAGUGAGGACUCCCUGUUACAUGGGGUUCAGACCACCACUGAGGCAUAACAGCAGCAUGGUAAAGAGAACGAACAGGGGCGUGUACUAACAUCCAGUUCACCAUCAGACCGAUCAAAUCUAAAAUUUGUUCCAAGAGCACUUUAUUUAACACUGCGGUAUUUACUUAGUAUUUAACACAUAGAUCUGGAAUAACAUCUAGUACAUGCAUUGCAGGUAGGAAGAAAGGGACGAGUGUAUAUAGCAGCAUUACUCAGACGUGUCAGCCGUAUGGUUUGUGAUGUCACACCCAGGAUGGGAAGCAAUUGUUCAACAGAUAAGCAAAAGUGGAUCCAUGUUACAUGUAUAACUAUGGAAAACAUUACGAAAUGGGCAAAACAGUUGGUACUUGACUCAUUGACUCAAGCUUUAACUUCCCUCUGAUUUCUAAUAUACAAAAUGUCCCAAAAAAUAUCCGUCCGUACAGGAUUUCAGUGAUUUUGCUGUGGCUUUUUAUAAACAAUUUGUGAUGCAAUUUGUGCUUAUUGUUUUUUUUGUAGAAAACGACUUUCGCAGUGAUGUUUGUUGGUAAAUGAGACCUUUUAGCUGUACUCGUUCAAACACACGUGAAUCGAAGAUGGCUUUGGCUGAAGGCGCGUUGUGAUGUCACAUGAUGCGUCUCGGCCCAAAUCUGCGGUAAUUUCGAAAAAUCGCAAAAAAGUUUGCUUGAGUUUGCAUUCAUUUCUGUGCUCGCAAAAUCGCUAAAUCCUGGAGGGACUGUUGAAUGACCGCACUUCAUUUAUUUCACCCCAUCAACAGAAAACAAACUCGCCGCGAAUGUUUUUCAGAAUAUAUUCCAUUGUGAUGAUUUCGAAAUGCUUAUUAUCGAAGGGGAAUUCUUUACGGAAUUCACCUGAAAAGCGCGCCACUCUUCUUAAUUCAUUUCCGUCACAUUUCCUGGAAACAAACCUAGCACUGAUUUGUGGUAAUCCUUCAAAAACAUUUCAUCGCCUGUUUUGCUUUGCAUUAUUCACUUCCUGGGGCCAUGAAAUCGUGCACUUUUUAGUCAGUCUCUUCAUAUAAAUAUUCAUAUUCAUAUAUAAAUAUUCACUUCAUUUUGUUCUCUGCUCGCUCUUUCUGUGAGAGAAAGUGUAAGCUUGAGCAUGUUUAUUGAACCUUUUGUUCUAGGAGACAUUUAUGAAGUGUUUUUUUGGAAGGAGUCUUUAGUGUUAGGGGUAAAGUUACAACUAGCGCAGACUAAAGCUACAACCUUUUUCUAAAACAGAACAGCCUUCCGUACAGAAGACACGGUUUCUAGGUAACAUGUAUUAUUUAUUUUUUUAAUUAAAAAAUUUUUUUUUGGUCUUAUUAACUUCGCGACAGAAAAAAGCGAUGUCGGGGAGGGAAUUAACGUUUAUAGCUGCUUUAAUGUAAGUGAUAACAGGAUUGAAACUUGUUUCACGUACGUUCCACAACGUUAAAUAGAACUAUUUCGAGUUUCGUCCUCAUAUCGUCUCAGGGAGUUCUUCCUUUGCCAUCGUCGCCUCCGGCUUGUUCAUUAGGGAUACAGUUAUACAUUUAAAAUGUAUAUAUUUCUGUAAAGCACUAUACACGUAAAAUUGAAUUGAAUGGAAGUAUAAACGGAUACAAAUAUUAUGUGCCAUUCUUUAAUUAAUAAAUUUAAAAAAAUAUUUCAUUUUCAGCAAAUUGCUGUGCCGUAAGAGGAGUAAAUACUGCAGGACUUCCUGUUAUAUGAAAAUAAUAAACUUCGGGGUGGCUUCAUGCUUAGCCGCAUCACACCAUAGCAUCGUUGAUCGAUUAUUUUAAUAUAACACCACAGCGUCAAGUGUUUAUAUUUCAUACUUACAUAUUCAAUGAUCAAAAAUGAUUAUUUUAAAGAAAAUGAUUGUACUGUGGCACUAAUACUGCUUUGCAAACCUGGUAAAUUACAUACAAAUUACCCUGUAAUUUAAAAUGCAAAGAGUGUACCAGAAUUGAGUUGUAUUUUUUACGACGUGCGUAUUAAAUAUCCGGCGUUUACCACACUGUUAAAUAUAGUUCUUCUGUAAUAAUCCAGGAAGUGAAAAUGAUACUAUUGGUCUGAUUAAAUGAAUAUAAAAAAAAUCUGCACACACGUUUUCAUUGUCUUCACAAGACACCUCUAGGAAAGCCCACAUUAGCUUCUACUGUAGCUCUGUUGUGAAUUCUAGAUUCGAUGAGUCUGAUGGUGACGGUACUGAGAAGCCCCUGGUGUGGCGGUGUGCUGUGAGAUUUGCUGUGAGAACCGACAGGCUGGUGUGGUUACGGAGACUUACUACUGGCGUGUAGACGUUAUAGAGCGUAAUUGCUCUGAUAUUGCUGCACGUGUUCACACAUUCUCUUCUGUUUCCACUGCGAGUGCCUAAUGCUGAUCUUAUCUCCUGUAUCUGUUCAAGUUAAUUCAUCAGUGAAUAAGUAAGAGCCUGUCCCGUUCACUGACCGCACAGUCCUAGAGGGUGUUGAUGAUCAGAUCUUCAAUGCGAGCAUUCUCACAAGCGUUAUUAAAACGCUUUUAUGUCUACUGUAAAUAUAUAGGGUGCAGAAGGAGACGUCGUACAGUAGUACGUCUGUAUUUCACUUGGUUUGAACUUCUCUGAGACACUCUAGUGUCCAGAUGUGGUACUGCAAAAUGGCUUCUUAAAGGGUUAGUUCACUCAAAAAUGAAAAUUCUGUCAUCGCUCACCAUCAUUUCGUUCCAAACCCAUAAGACUUUCGUUUGUCUUCGGGACACAAAUGAAGACAUUUUGAAUAAAACUUGGGAGAUUUCUGUCCCUCCACAUCUACAGUCCAAGUAACCAAAACGUUCAAGCUCCAGAAAGUCCAUAAAGUCAUCAUAAAAGUAAUCCAUGUGACUCCAGUGGUUUAAUCCCAGUUUUAUGAAGCGAUACGAAUGCACAGAUUGUUCUGUAUGACUCGGUUUGUGUACAGAGUCUCCGCUUUUGUGAGAACGUCCGCUCUCGCGAUACUACGGGACCCGGAAGCGCUGCACUGUUUACAGCGGAGGAAAAUGGACGCUUUACACAAACUGAGUCACAUAGAGCAAUCUUUGUAAUGAAGACGUCUGCAGAUUUUGUCUUUUUUUUUUUUUUUUUUUUUCUUCAGCACAACACGCAUGCGUCGCGAUUCUCUCGUGAACGUGCAGGGGAGAUCUACGUGGAAGUGAAGAUAUUUUGUGAAUAAAGACUUAUUUUUGGGUUUUUUGUGCACACAAAGCAUUCGUAUCACUUCAUGAAACUGGGAUUAAAGCACUGGAGUCACAUGGAUAUAAUAGGAUAUGAUUAGGAAUUUACUGAAAAAUACGGGAAACCCCUGAUGUCUUUAUAGUUACAUAUAACCAAUCCUAAUGGAUGGAUAAGCAUUGAUUGAGCAUUGAUUUUUAUAUACAUAUCAGUACCUUCUAGGACUGUAGACUCCAACCUCUCGGUCACUGAUUUUCAUAAGUGCAUGAUGUGUAUUUUGCCUUUUUUUUUGUGCAGAAUUUGUGUUUGGGGCUUGUGGGUGAUUUUGGUUUAACUCGCUCUUGUAAACACUCUCGUGUUUGUCCAGUGCCUGUGCAUGUUGCGUUUCGUAUGUGUCCAUUCUCUGCCAUAUCUCUCAUACAUCUCUCUUUUUGUGUUUCUCCCUUGUUCCCUUCUCUUUGUUUGUUUGUUUUUUUUCUUUUCUGCGCUCUACAGAAUGCAGACAAGCUCUAUAAGGGUCAGCUGUCGGAGUUUACCCCUCUGUCCUCUAUCCACACUCCACCUAUCCACAAACGGGGCGGUGAUGAGGAUCAAAGCCACACCCAUCGCAGGUCUGAGUCUUCACCUCGUAA